AUGAACACUUUGGGGCUCACUUUAAUAAUGAAAAUGGGUUGUUUUUGUACGAGGGAAACGAUAAACAUCAAUGGAACUAAAUAUACCGUCAAAGAACACCUUGGGGAAGGUGGAUUCAGUACAAUCGAUUUAGUCCAAAACGUGCACACCAAAAAGCUUUACGCACUCAAAAAAAUAACCUGUCACAGCAUCGAAGACCAAAAAAUAGCAUUACAAGAAAUCGAUUACUACAAAAAACUAAAACACCCCAAUCUAAUCGAAUUAAUCGACUCAACAUUUAAAGGAUCAGCUGAUAUCGUUGUAAACGUAACCUCUGUUGUUUAUAUGGUCCUGCCGUAUCUAAAAAAAGGGAGUUUGCACGAUUAUUUAGGAUUAAAAUCGUUAAGUAAAGAUCACGUUAAUGUUAAAGAGGUUUUAAGGAUAUUUAAUCAAAUCUGCGAAGGGGUUAAAUUCAUUCACGAAGCUAAACCGGAGCCUUUGGCUCAUCGUGAUAUAAAAACGGCGAAUAUUUGCUUUACGGAGAGUUUUAGUCCUGUUUUAAUGGAUUUUGGGUCUAUGGCGCCUGCGAGAGUUCAAGUUUGUGGGUCAACAGAUGCUCAGAGGUUGCAAGAUAUUGCAGCGGAACGAUGUUCAAUGCCUUAUAGGGCUCCGGAGUUGUUUAAUGUUGAGAGUUAUUGUGUUAUCGAUGAACGAACGGAUAUUUGGAGUUUAGGGUGUCUUUUAUACGCUUUAUGUUUCUUUAAAAGUCCUUUUGACAUUGUUUAUGAACGUGGGGACUCCGUGGCUUUAGCAGUAUUAUCUGGAAAUAUUCCGUUUCCCGAAGAUUCACCUUAUUCGCAGGAUGUGAUUGAUUUAAUCAGAUACAUUUUGAGAAUAAAUCCGAGUGAACGUCCUUUUAUUUACACCGUGAUGGAGAAAACGCAGUUUUUGAGAAACAAAUUAGAUCAUGUUGUUUGAUAUCAAAUGUGUAUUUUAAUUAAGUUAAUUGAUAAGAUUAUAACACAGAUUAUAAAAACUAUGUAUUUUUUAAAUGCUUAAAUUGUUCCAAAAAUCAUUCCUAAAAAUAAAUGACUAAUUUUAAAAGCGUU